CGAGCACCCAUCCUAUAUUUGCAGCCUCUUCAUCCGCACACUUGCCUCCUCUUCAGUUCAUCAUGCCUCUCCUCAUUGUUUUCACCUUGCUCUUGUACCUAUGUAUCCCAGCAAGUUCUACCACGACGGACACCAUCUUGGCAGGCCAAGCAGUUGGCGUCAACAACAAGCUCAUCUCCAAAAAUGGCAGGUAUGCUCUUGGCUUCUUCGAAACAAGCGACAAAUCCCUUGGAAACACGAAUAACUGGUACCUCGGCAUAUGGUUCAAUACAGUCCCCAAAUUUACUUCUGUAUGGGUUGCAAAUAGAGACAAUCCAAUAAAAAACACCACCUCAUUGGAGCUCACAAUCUCUGAGGAUGGCAACCUUGCCAUCUUAAGCCGAUCCACCAAGUCCAUGAUCUGGUCAACACAAGCAAAUAUCAAAAGAAAUAACACCACCGCUGUGCUGUCGGAUAGUGGAAAUCUCAGACUGACUAACUCUUCAAACUCAUCAGAAGUUUUGUGGCAGAGUUUUGAUCAGCCAACAGAUACAUUUUUCCCAGGGUCAAAGCUUGGAUGGGACAAGGUCACUGGCCUGAACCGCCGUAUAGUUUCUUGGAAGAACUUGGUCGACCCAGCUACCGGUGUGUAUUGCUAUGAGGUAGACCCUAGUGGUGUUGACCAGUUAUUGCUUGCACGACUGGACCACUCUGUACCAUAUUGGUCCAGUGGUGCAUGGGAUGGCAAAUCCUUCGCCAUGGUUCCAGAGAUGGCACGAAACGUUAGAUGGAUUUCAAAAUUUGUCCAUAAUAUUGACCAUGAGAGGUACUACACAUAUAGCUUACUAAAUGAAAAAGCGGUUACUCGUCAUGUAAUUGAUGUCUCCGGUCAAUUAAAGGUGUUCGUUUGGUUCGAGGGCUCAAAGGAUUGGCAAAUGGUCUUCGCCAAACCAAGAACUCCAUGUGAUGUCUAUGCGGUUUGUGGACCUUUCACAAUUUGCACUGAUAAUCCACUUCUAGAUUGCAAGUGUAUGAAGGGCUUCACCAUCACAUCCCGUAAGGACUGGGAGGUAGAAGAUCGAACCGGUGGGUGCUCGAGAAAUACUCCAUUAGACUGCAGUAGCAACAAAAGCACAACACAUACCACAGACAACUUCUACUCUGUAUCAUGUGUUAGUUUGCCACACAAUGCCACAAUAGUAGAGGCUGCUAAAAGCAAGAGUGAGUGCAAACAAUUUUGCCUGAAUAAUUGCUCUUGCACAGCGUAUUCCUUUAGCAACAAUGGAUGUUCUAUCUGGCAUAAUGAAUUGCUCAACACAAGACAGGUACAGUGUGGUGUCAGUAUCUAUGCAAACGGAGAAACUCUUUACCUUCGCCUUUCUGCUAAAGAUAUCCAAAGUUUGAAAAACAAGAGAAAAGGGAUCCUUAUUGAAGUUGCAGUUGGUACAGGUGUUUCUGCCCUUGGCUUAUUCGCACUCAUCCUCCUACUAAUGUUUUGGAGCAACAAACAGAAGAGGUCUGUCCGCAUAGUGCAUGAUGCUCAAGGUUGUAAUGGAAUCAUUGUAUUUCGAUACACUGAUUUAUACCGUGCAACAAAAAAUUUCACAGAUAAGUUGGGGAAAGGCAGUUUUGGUUCUGUAUUCAAGGGGUUCAUAAACGAUUCAGUUUCCAUAGCAGUGAAGAGGCUUGAUGGUGCUUAUCAAGGAGAGAAGCAAUUCAGAACAGAAGUGAGCUCGAUUGGAGCCGUUCAGCACAUCAAUUUAGUUAAGCUUGUUGGUUUCUGUUGUGAGGGUUCUAGGAGGUUGCUUGUUUAUGAACACAUGUCAAACCGCUCUCUUGAUAUCCAUUUAUUUCGAGCCAAUCCUAUGAUGUUGAAUUGGACUGCUCGUUAUAAGAUAGCCCUGGGAGUUGCCAGAGGAUUAGCCUACUUGCACGAGAGCUGUCGAGACUGCAUCAUACACUGUGAUAUUAAGCCAGAAAACAUACUUCUUGAUGCUUCAUUCCACCCGAAAAUUGCAGACUUUGGGAUGGCAAAGCUUUUAGGAAGGGAUUACAGCCGAGUCUUGACUACAAUUAGAGGAACUGCAGGGUACCUUGCACCUGAAUGGAUUACUGGCGUUCCUAUUACACCAAAAGUUGAUGUUUAUAGCUAUGGGAUGGUGUUGCUGGAAAUGAUAUCUGGAAGAAGGAACUCGUGUGCACCAUCUUCUAGUGGUGGCAACCUUGAUGUUUAUUUCCCUGUGCAUGCCACACAUAAGCUUCUCGAAGGAGAUGUGGAGAGUUUGCUAGAUAACAAAUUACAGGGUGGUGUCAAUCUUGACGAGGCUGAGCUGGUUUGCAAGGUUGCAUGUUGGUGCAUCCAAGAUAAGGAGUUUGAUCGACCAACAAUGGGAGAGGUGGUUCAGAUUCUCGAGGGUCUAGUUGAUAUCAGAAUGCCCCCGAUACCAAGGCUACUUCAAGCUAUUGGUCGAAGCUAGCAUUACACGUGCUCGUUACCUUUUUUUUCAAGCAAAACUAGCUCGAUUGAAUGCCUAGGUGUUACGAUUAAACACCAGACUUAUGUUUAUAUUUGAAGUGAGAGUUGUAUUUACUAUACAAAUGUGAUGCUUGUAACCAGAAAUAUAGUUGUGUUAGUUACAACAUUGUAACUCUUUUGAUGUACUCUUGAAAAAAUGCCCAGUAUAAUGUUAGCCAUGAAAACAGCAGUUUGUAAUUACUGACUCUGUUAUGGUCCCUAUAUGCUUUUAAAAUAUAUUAUUG